GGUUGGUAUUUGUUAGCCGACCAACUGGGGUCCUACGCUCUCGUGUAAAUUUUUAUUUUUCCCCGUUAAACAUUAUUUUAUUAAAUAAAUUAAGAUAACAUCGCUAUGGCACACCUGCGAGAAACCUCGGACAAGGCGCUGAAGCUGUUACGCACUUUACCGCGCGUUCAAAUCGGCAAUCUACGACCAAACCCAAACUCAAAACAAAAUGACAAGCGUGGCAGGGCACAACACGGGGGAGAUAAGCACGGAGCGGGCAACAAGGGAUCCGGACAGCGGCAGAACUUCAUGCGAUUGGGCUAUGAAACGGGCAAUCAGCCUUUCUACUUGAGAUUCCCCUACGAGCCUUACUACAAGGGACACCACCUGAAGCGCCAGUAUCCGCCCAUUUCGCUGCUCCAACUGCAAGUCCUCAUUGACACGAACAGGAUAGACAUCAGCCAGCCCAUCGACAUCAGCACGCUGUGCAACUCUGGCCUCCUAAAGCUCAAACCCGCUGAAAUGGAGUAUGGGUUCCAGCUAACGGACGACGGACUGGACAAUUUCCAGGCCAAGAUCAACAUUGAGGUGCAGCACGCCAGCGAGGCGGUUAUAGCGGCCAUAGAGAAGAACGGCGGUGUAAUCCGUACCGCCUAUUACGAUCCACGCAGCCUUCACAUGCUGGUCAAUCCGAAGAAGUGGUUCCAAAAGGGAGUGCCUAUUCCCAGCCGCAUGCUGCCUCCCCAAGAUGCAGUGGACUACUAUACGAAUCCCAAAAAUCGCGGCUACCUGGCCAAUCCCGAGGCGAUCAGCCAGGACCGCCUGGUGCUGGCCCAGAAGUACGGCUAUCAGCUGCCCAAAAUUGAAGAAGAUUCCGCAUACGAGAUGCUCACCACUGCAAAGGAUCCCAGGCAAGUAUUCUAUGGCCUGGAACCCGGCUGGCUGAUCAACAUAGUGGACAAAACGAUCAUUAAGCGCAAGCAAUAAUUAGUCGAGUUUGUUACUAUGCAUUUUGUUAAAUAAAGAAUUGGAUUACAAAAAGCUUUGUUAGACUAUGAUACUGUAA